AUGACUGUGGACUUAGAGACUCAUGCUGGUGAACUAGCCAGUCGAUUGAGCACAUUGCGUCAAUUUAAGACCGCGGCCGAAGAGCUGCUUCUCAUGCUGCGGCGUGAAGUCCACUCGGAUGCAUUUCGUAUGCGCACUCGUAAGAUCGUCACGCUUAUUGAGAUCGCGCGGGCAACGCUGUCGCGAGCUGGAGUCCGAUUGUACUCCUUUGCGUCAUGUGCACCAGCUCUUCUUCCUCUCAAAGAACUCUACUUCGAGCUACUACGAGAACUCCGAGCACAACGCAGCGCAAUCACUGAAGUAAACGUACAAGCCCGCGCUGACAAACUUCUCGUGCCGCUCUCCUCAUGCAUUAUAGUGCAUAGAGCGUCAACGGGAGAUACGGACCAGACCGACAUCCUACAAGUGAGCGUCAUACCGCCUGCACCAUCCCAGUCCGGACCCAGCAAGUCCGCAAGUAUGCCUCCACCACCGGUACCCGCCUCACCUCCGGCCCGGGGUCGGAAACCACUCAGCCCUUCGCAGUCACUCGCUUCACCGACACUAGCCUCUUUCCAACGACCACGGCUCUACGCGCGUACACGGACGCCUCGCCGGAAGGACGCUCCGAUGAGCUUCGACGAAAUGGAAGAAGAUAUGGCCAUAGGCGACGGGAAUGUCAGGCCGUUGUCCAAUCCGGGUUUGAGUCCGAGCUCGCAGUUGCCCGUCCUUUCCCCUGCCACAUCACGUACCCCGCGCACGACCACCACCACCAUGGCCCACGCAUCUGAACUCACCCAAGACAUCCUCUUCACGCUCUUCGCGCUGGUCGCGGAGCUCGACGAACCAACAACUCGCAGCCUAGCUUGGCUGCGCUUGACGCACGUCUGUCGCUCCUGGCGAACAGUGGGCCUUGAUCACAGUAUACUGUGGGCGCGCGUAUACGGGGCCUUUGCAUGCCGAGAGGCCGUGCGCGCUGUCAGCGCUCGCGCGCGUGGAGUGCCGCUCAAAGUUGCCGUUUCCGGGCGCCUGAGCAAGAAACACGAAGACGUGCUGGCGGAUGCCCUCGCGGAAGACAUCGCGUCCGUCGAGACGUUAUCUGUGCGGAGAUUCUCGCAAUCGUGGACGAAACUUGUGUCGAAGGCCCGUCAGCUGCCACAGCUCCGCGAACUCAUCAUCGACGACGUUCCUCCGGCCAACCUCGCGCUCAUGCAGAGCAUGUAUCAGUACCAUCAGAUAUCACUGUCUGCCGAGCGGGUAUACGCGCCUGAACUCGAGACGCUGCGUCUUCGAGGUGGUGGAUUGAUCCCAUUCGUCGCGCCUUCGCUCAAGACGCUGGUCAUCUCCGAGCAAAGCACGCCCGCGUGCAUGCUGCUUGACCUCUUCGCUCAAUGUCCUUCACUGGAAGAAGUCACGGUCGACUACUCCUUUGUCGGUAACCACUUGCCUUCGGUCAAUACGCACGAGAUCGUCGAGUUGCCGCGGUUGCGCUCCUUCAAGCUGCUAGUUCACCCAUGGUUGCGCAGCUUCUUCCGCCCGGAGAUCCAAGAUCUGCGUCGUAGAGUGAUAGUUCCUGCGGGAGUGGAGAUCGAGGUCGUCGAUCACGUUGAGGGUGGCACGCUCCUGGGUGAUCUUAGCACGCCAGUGACCACAACCAUCUCCAACGACACACCGUUGCAAACACCUCUUCUGGAACUUCAUACAAUCGCAGUCCCGACAUACGCCAUGCCACUUUUCUGA